AUGUCAGCGUUGAUGGUGAUGGUGGUGACAAUGACAAUGGUGGGUGGUGGUGGUAGUGAUGUUGGUGGUGGUGAUUGUAGUGACGUUGGUGGUGGUUGUGGUGGAGGUGAUAUUGUUGGUAAUGGUGGUGGUGAUGACAAUGACAGUGAUGGUGACAUUGAUGGUAGUGGUGGUGGUAAUAGUGGUGAUGGUGAUGUCGAUGAAAACGAUGGUGGCAGUGAUGUUGGUGGUGGCACCAACUACGACAAUGUUGAUGACGGUUGUGGUGGUGAUAACAAUGACGAUGAUAUUGAUGAUAAUGGUGAUGGUUGCAAUGCUGGUGGUGGUGAUGAUGUCGAUGACAAUGGUGAUGACAAUGAUGAUGGUGGUGGUGAUAGCGAUGCUAGUGGCAACGAGAGGUAA